AAUUGAAUCCCUACGUAUUGAUAAGAGAAACACUGAUAACAGCGUCUGUCAACACCUGUUUGACAUUCGUGGCUGCAUCAUCGUGAUGGCCAGUUAAAAUCAUUGUGUUUUCGUUCAGUGUCGCGCGUGAAAAUGUGAAUUUAAUAUAAAUAAAAUAGUUUUUGUUAAUGAAACAUCGAGGGGCGCACAUGAACAUCCCAAAGCGAAUGACGUGAGUGACAGUGGCGCCAUUGCGGCAGUCGGCGCGAACUAGCGCCAGUAGACGAAUUUCGCUCGGUGGGUAAUGUGAGGCUGAGCGAAUUACUUCAAGUUUCUCACGAAAUGGCCAGCAAUAUGAAGCCAAUGCACAAAAGCAAACACUUCCCGAUAGACCAGCUCGUGUGUGUUGGCAAUUACGAGCUGGAGAAAACGAUUGGCACGGGGAAUUUCGCUGUUGUAAAACUCGCUACACACAUUAUUACUAAGAGUAAGGUAGCAAUAAAAAUAAUAGACAAAUCGAGGUUAGAUGAGGACAAUUUGAAGAAGACUUUCAGAGAAAUAGCCAUUAUGAAGAAACUAAGGCAUCCACACAUAGUACGGUUAUACCAGGUUAUGGAAAGCAGUCACACGAUAUACUUAGUCACAGAAUACGCGCCCAAUGGUGAAAUAUUCGACCACCUAGUGUCUCGUGGUCGCAUGACGGAGCCCGAGGCGGCGCGGGCCUUCGCCCAAAUGGUGGCAGCCGUGGGCUACUGCCACGCCAACGGAGUCGUCCACAGAGACCUCAAGGCUGAGAACCUGCUUCUCGACAAGGAUAUGAAUAUUAAGUUGGCGGACUUCGGCUUCAGCAACGAGUACACGGCGGGGUCUCCGCUGGCGACGUGGUGCGGCAGUCCGCCGUACGCAGCGCCCGAACUCUUCGAGGGGAGGCAGUACGACGGACCUAAAGCAGAUAUAUGGUCGCUGGGCGUGGUCCUGUACGUGCUGGUAUGCGGCGCGCUGCCGUUCGACGGGAACACGCUGCACGAGCUGCGCAGUGUCGUGCUCAGCGGCAAGUUCCGGAUACCCUACUUCAUGUCGCAGGAAUGCGAGCACCUGAUCCGGCACAUGUUGGUGGUGGAGCCGGAGCGGCGACUGUCGCUGCGCGCCGUCGCCCGCCAUCGGUGGCUCGCCGCAACCCGCCCCCACCACCAGCCCGGGCCCGGCCCCGGCAUCUACGAGGAGAGCCUGGGUGCGUGUGCGUGCCACGGGUCGGGGUCGGACGCGGCGCCGCAACACUCCGCGGCGCAGCGCGACACCGUGCGGCGACACAUGCUCACGUUGCCCGGACUCACGCAUCUACUCAUCGAACAGGCAAUACAAGAAGACCGUUUCGACCACAUAUCAGCCAUCUACCACUUGCUAAUGGACAAACUACAACAGCGGUCAAGCGCGAGGAACAGCUUACAGCAUAGAGAUUCACUGGAUUCGACAACUGGACAACCUUUGGAUCUGACUAGCUGUAAGAACGUAGAAGAAGAACAGAUGGACGCAGAAGAGUCGACAGCGCAGGACUGUCUGGUGACCGUACCUUGCGAACCAGUCGACUACUUGACUGAUCAGCCGGAGAAUUUGGAGAAGUUCGGGUCGACCGUAGCCCCGGCAAUAGACGAGCCGCCGGCGCCGCCCGCCCAGCCCAGCUCCACGGAGACACACGCCACACGGAGACAUACUGUCGGACCCGGGGACUGUCGCCAUACACAGGGUGGCGAGCUGGGAGUAUGCGGAGCGGCGUCAGCGGAUCUACGACCCUCGCCGUUAUACGUGUCGGCGCAUUUCAAUCAGCAGGCGUCCCCGAACGUAUCCCUGCUCCCCAACACGAACCUGGCGGCCAAACUACCGGCCGUCCAGCAUCAGCCGCCGCGGUACUUCAGCGUCAAGGACCAGCAUCUGCUCAAACCGCCGCACGCCAUGCAGACGCAAGCGUCGACGUUCGGUCGUCGCGCGUCGGACGGCGGGGCGCACGUGGCGCGCGGACGGGACCGCGCCUGCUGCCACUCCGCGCCCGCCCACCAUGUAUCAGACAGCGGCACCCCGGCCCGCGCUGAGGACGCGGAACAAUCUGAGGAGCAAAGCACAGACUCUGCUUAUAACACUAAUUUAUGCAGGUACAUGAUGAACCGCGGCAGCAGUAAGCGGCACACGAUGGCGACGCCCGAGGACGCCGCCAACGUCGUCACUUCUAGUACUGGCUCUAUGCAAAGCACAUCACCGUCGUCCACGACAAGUAUAAGAGUGAGAAGAACCGGUCUUCUGACCGUCACGGAAAGACCACCGGUAAUUAGCCCAGAAUUAGUGAUGGAAGUCGAAGCUCGGAUGAAGAGGAACUAUUUGCCACCUUCCAUGCAAUAUCAGAACCAAAGCGGGUACCAAAGCCCCCCUACCCCCACGGGACCAAUCCCCAACCCCGUCCCCCAAUCCCCAACCCAAGGCUCUAUAACCGCAGGCACCCCAAAUUACUCACAAAAUACAGGAAACCAGAAAUCUAUGAAACCUGUCUUACAAACUAUACCACAAGGCAGUAUAAUGGGUGCAAAGGGGUCUAUAAUGUCAGGGACCCCCAUAACCCAAGCUGUCUCCCCUUUCACCCCCUCUAUGGGGCAGUUUUCCUCAAACGUGACCCAAAAUACGGGGUCUAUAACCAGUGGGACCCCUGUAAACCAAGGUUCGAUCAUGUCUGGGACCCCAACUUACGAUAAUACGAAGAAUUUCAGCAGCUUCAGCUCAAACAGCUUUGGGAGUAUUCCAAGCUGCUCCUACAAUACCCCUAAUGCGAAUAAUUUCGGGUCUAUUACCAGCGGGACCCCAAUAAACCCGAAUUUCCAAAACACACCCGGCUCUUAUCAACAGACCAUAAUGAGCCAAAAUACUGCCCCUAUUAAAAAAGGGUCUAUUACUGAUGGGACGCCGAUAAACCAGACCCCAUUCCAAUCGGGUCCAAUGAGCCAAAAUUAUCAGAAUACCACCCCCCAAUUCUCAAGCACCCCUAUCAAAAAGGGAUCGAUAACUGAUGGUACGCCAAUCACGACUCAGUACCAGACCCAACCAGUUAUACAUGGACGCAGAUCCUUCCAGAAUCCCCCUAUCCAGGGGUCUUUUAUCGGUGGUCCGCAAGGGUCAUUCUCAAACCCUGCAAUAAACCAGGCUUUUGACACCCCAAUGUACCAAAGCUCUUUUAAUUCCGAAUCUUUCAUACCGGCCCCUAUGAAAAAGGGCUCUAUUACUGAAGGGACCCCUAUCCAACAAGGUUUCUUUUCAAACCAGGAUUCCUUCACUAAUAAUACGUACCAAAACCCUCAAGUUCCUGUGACCCCAAUGAACCAGGGGUAUCAGACACCCCCUCAAAAUCAGGGGUCGUUAAUGAACCAAAGUUCUUACCCUAACCUAACAGUCAGUCCUUUGACAGGGACAAGCCAAAAUUAUCCCACUCAAGGGGCGCAAAUGAGCCAAAAUUACCCCUCACCAAUGAACCAGGGGUCUCAAAUGAGCCAAAAUUACCCCUCACCAAUGAAUCAGGGGUCUCAAAUGAGCCAAAAUUAUCCUACCCCAAUGAAUCAGGGGUCUCAAAUGACCCCAAAUUACCCUACCCCAAUGAACCAGGGGUCUCAAAUGACCCCAAAUUACCCUACCCCAAUGAACCAGGGGUCUCAAAUGACCCCUAGCUACCCUUCCUCAAUGAAUCAAGGGGGCCAAAAUUACCAGAACGCCCCAGGUUCGAUUACCGCCGGGACCCCAAUCCCGACUAGCAAUAGCUACAAUUCUGGGCAGUAUAACGCGAAACAAAGAAAGUAUUCUGGACCCCAGCGAGUUAAAUUACAAAUGUUGGCCACUGUACAAGAAAUGGCCCGCGAGCACGCUGAGCGCUACUCCCCAGUCCGUCGCGCUGAAUGCUCCCCCCCACGAGUGGCGCACGAUAUAGCAUCGGCCAGGCUUGAAUAUCAACAGCUGCAGCGAGGCCUGGAGCGACGUAGCGGAGGCCCGGGCGCUUCGCCCCCUCACGCAGAUGUCAGACUGCAUACUCCUGGGACUUCCAUGCCUGGCUCUCCAAUCCACCAGUGCGUGGGCACGGCGUCUCCCCUGGACCUGAACACGGUGUCCCCGGAGGCGGCGCGCGCCGUGCUGAUGGCGGUCCGCAACAUCAUGACCGACCCCGCCGCCAUGGAGCUGCACACCACGCUCGUUCUCACACAGGACCUAGCAAUGAAGAUCGGCAUCAACCUCCACGCGCUCUACUCCCCCCACGUGAACAUAUCGCAGGAGAUCCUCAAAUCCAUCCACUCAUACAAUAACUUCGCUCUUCUCUCCGGGCACACCUCACCCGCCAGCCCCGGGUCACCCCUCCACCAAAUCACUGAAGGUCUCAGCUAUUUGCACACAGGGUCCAUAACGAGAGGAACUCCUCAAGCAUCAGCCACCCCCCUAGACCUUAGAAGUAACGUGGAUAUGGACACAGGCCAAUACCAGCAACUACACCCUUUAGUCCAUUCUCAACUACACAUGGUGACCCAUAGAUCUCUAAACAACUCCCCUAUCUCCAAUCCUGGAUCUCCACUCGACAUGAUCCAAGAAGAGAUUGGAAACGGAAGCCAUUUAGACAAGGUAUUUCAAGAGAACAUGAGGUAUGUACCAAGUUUUACGCCAACACAUCCGCAGAUCAGUUUAACAGAUUGUCUAGGAUCGGAGAUUACUCUCGUAGCCUCUUCAUCAGAAGAUAGUAUGGAUAGUCUUGAGAAUACGAAGUAUGCCUUACCUCAGUUCGUGAUAUCGGAGCCUUCGGAUUUAGAUGAUAGGCCUUCCAUCACCAAGGGUAUAGGUAGAAAAGUCAGUCAGGAGACGGAACAGGUGGAGCCUAAAGAAGAGCCGGUAGUUGACAAGGAUGCUGAAAUGCAGUCUCCGAAAGAGAGUGUAGAUGAAACAGCGAAGUUCUUGAGCGAAGAGAUGAAGUAUCCUCGUCGGGGCAGUGAUAAAUCUCUUGGUUUCAGUGAUGAUUCUCUAAGCAAUGAUUCUGCUAAUGUAUCACCGAAUUGUGAGCAGAAUAUCCAGUCUAUCUACUCAAAUAUUGUGUCCAUUAGUUCAGGUUUUAGCGAGAACAGAGGCAGUUUCUCGGAACAUCGAGAGUCAUUCUCUUUUUCCGACCGAGGCUCGUUCUCCGAAAGGGGGGAUUUUGGGAGGUCCUCAUUCUCCGAACGAAGCGAUUUCGGUAGAGGCAGUUUCUCCGAAAAGGGGGAGACUCCAAGAUCUUCGUUCUCUGCUCAGGGGACGUUGGGGGAGGUUAAGGAGUAUUAUGAAGAUGUUUACAUGUCGAGGGAUAAUAGUAGGCAAUGCUUAGAAAAGUGUGAUGAGGAGGGCACGCCACCUAGCGAGGAGAUAGAGAAACUACAGAGGUCUACCAUGGAUUUGCGACUUACAGAAAUCUGUCGGCCAGAGGAAAAGAUUCCGAUACUCCUAAGCCCUCAAAAAGUGUCGUGUGUCCAAGAGUAUUACGAAGUUACUCUGUCGACAGUUUGUUCCAAACUUGAUUCGCAAAGAAUAGUCGAGUUACUAAAAGAAGCGAUCAAUACUAGGGUUCCGCCGCAAAGUAUAUUUGUGGAGACCGAUCAAAAAGAUGGCGACGGGACCCUAACAGGGUAUCUGAAUUUAGAAUACUCUGGCGGUAUCCAAAUAGAGCUUGUUCUAUGCGAAAACAAAGCUAUGGAGAAGAAAGGUUUGAAAAUGCGACGGAUAUCCGGCGAUCAGAGAGAAUAUGGUAAACUAUGCGAGCAGUUGAUCACCAGCUUGACUGUCUAAACCUACUAUCUAUUAUUUAAAAAAAAAGAAAGAAAAAACCUAACGUCAACUGUCAAAAUGACAUCUCGUCUAUUUCCCCGUAAGUGACACCUGUCAGAUUGACGUGUGUGACGUUUCGUCGUAAUGACAGCUGUCAUUGGAGUUUUUCUUUUUUUGCGGUUGUUGUUAUAUUAUUUUUUAUUUUGUCAGUUGUUUUUUGUAACGGAUUCGUACCGUUUACAUACCUUGUGCAUUUAUUAUUGAUAUUUGCUAUGAAAAAUUCAUUCCUGUCACAUGUUUUGACGUUUGUGUGCAUAUCAGUAUAAUGAGAAAUUGAUACUUAUAGAAAA